AUGGUUUAUUAUGUUAAUUUACAUACUGGAUUUGAUCAAAAUAUGAAGAGAUUACUUAAACAAUUGACAAAAACUUUGAUUAUUUUGGCAAUUAUUCCAUUUAUUAAUCAAAUUUUGACCUUAUUAACUAUAUUCUUUACAUUCAACAAUGAAACAAAUGGUUUGAAUAAUGAGAAUAUCAAAAAUAUUCUCUAUAUAUUUCUUGUAAUUUUCAAUCAUUUUAUGCCUGUUUUUAACCCAAUUGUUUGUAUAAUAACUAAUAAGCCAUACAAAGAAGCUGUUUUAAAUCGUUUAAAAAUACACCCACAAUAA